UCCAGUGUCUGUUCCUGGAUUUGAGAGAGCUGGCAGAGCGCUUUCCUCAGGAAAGAGUAGAUGCUACAGCACUGCUGAAAGAUAUUUCCUCCACUGAAAAGGGAAUACACCACAGUAGUCUCUAGCUACAGUGCAGGAGCCAGUCAUGGCGCUGCGCCCACGUGCUUCCUCCCAGCCUGGGAAACCUUCGUUCCUACAGAGCCCCAAGGUGGUCAUGGCUCUGCGGCCCAGGGCCGUGUCCUCUCACUCGGGCUCCAUGCUGGAGGAUGAGCUAACCUGCUCUGUGUGCUGCGAGAUCUUCAGGGACCCUGUGGUGCUCAAGUGCACCCACAGCUUCUGCCGGGCCUGCCUGCAGCAGUUCUGGAACCAGAAGAAGGCGAGGCGCGAGUGUCCCGUGUGCCGCAGGAAGUGUUCCCUGACGGAGCCCACAGUGAGCCUGGCUCUGAAGAACGUGGCCGAUACCUUUUUCAGGGAGCAGAGGAGCCAGGGCGAGGCGGGCGGGGGGCCAGACAGAGGGGGCGUCCCAGUGAAGUCUGAGGCAAAGUGCCACACACACGGGGAGGUGCUGAAGCUGUUCUGCCAGGAUGAUGCCGAGGUGCUCUGCUGUGUGUGUCACACGUCUAAGAGGCACCAGGGCCACUGUGUGAUCCCACUGGAGGAGGGGGCCCAGGAGCUCAAGGAAGAAAUGAAGAAAGAAUUGAUCCCUCUGAAGAAGAGCCUCCGUGGCCUCUAUGAAGCCAAGCAGGAGUGUGAUGACACAACUGUGCACAUCAAGAGCCAGACCCAGCAGACAGAGAAUCACAUCAGAGAGGCGUUUGAGCAGCUCAGGCAGUUCCUUCAGAAUGAGGAGGAAGCCAGGAUAGCUAUUCUACAGGAGGAAGAUGAGCAGAAGAGACAUCUGGUGAGGAAGAAGACAGAGGGCAUCACGGCAGACAUCCUCACCCUCUCUCGUGCCAUCAUCGCUAUUGAUAAUGACAUAGCCUCCAGUGAUGCUCUUUUCCUCCAGAACUACAGAAACACAAAGAAGAGAGCUGUGAUACCUCAGAAGGGUCCAGAGGAGAUCUCCGGUGCUAUGAUCAACGUGGCGAAGCAUGUCAGCUCCCUCAAGUACAAGGUCUGGGAGAAGAUGGUGGGGCUGGUGGAGUACACUCCUGUGACUCUGGAUCCUAACACGGCCUACUCCUGGCUCUCUCUGAACAAGGACCUGACCAGUGUGACCAACAGUGGUCAUGUGCAGGUGCUCCCAGACAACCCAGAGCGUUUUGACCACUUCGUGUUCGUCCUGGGCUCUGAGGGCUUCACCACCGGCUGCCACGCCUGGGAGGUAGAGGUGGGGGACAAGGACGACUGGAUGCUGGGUGUGGUCAAGGAGUCCAUUAACAGGAAGGGCCGGAUCUCAGGCUGCCCUGAGGGUGGCUUGUGGAUGAUCUCCCACUGUGAGGGUGAGUAUAUGGCCGUGACCCGGCCACGCACCCCUCUCAAACUGACAGGGGAGCUGAAGAGGGUCAGGGUGCAGCUGGACUACGAGUCUGGGGAGGUGAACUUCUCCAACCCUGUUAAUAUGACGUCUAUCUACACCUUCAAUGAUUUCUUCACUGAGAGGAUGUUCCCCUUCUUCUGCCCUGGAGCCAACAUCAACGGCAACAACCCCGGCCCACUGAAGAUCUGCCCGGUCAAAGUGGCUGUGUGGAACAGCGCCACCUGGUGAUGAGGAGGGGUUCUGACGGCACCAUUCAAAGAGAGUGGAAGCUGUGCAUCCAAGGCACAUAUCCAGCCUCAAGACACAUAGGUAAUGGCGUAGUGAAAUGUUUGGCACUGUGUGUGUGGAAAACAUUUUUUAAGAUCUUUUAGAGAUUUUUUUGAUUGCCUUUUGACUUUAUUGAUAGAAGAAAUUAGAUCCUGAUUAUUACCGAAAGACUCCAUUUGACAAGGGCUUUUUUGCCAUGUUAUGGAAUGUGUAGUAAAGUGUGAGAUGAAUGAAGAUAUUCAAUACGACACAAUGAAUAUUACAAUUCCUGUUUAAAAAAAGCCCCCAAACUUCUCAAUUGAAUAAACUUUGGGGGGGAUACCACUUGAUUUUACUCAUGUUUAUUUGAUGCGUAUUUAUAGAACGAUUAUAAAAGAUUGUGUUCAGAGUUCUCCAGUGUUCAGUACAAUCCAGUGAGUUUACCAGGGCAUGACUUUUCCCUCAUAGUCCAGGAAGACCCCAGUCUGUUUCUCAGUAAGGGAGUCCAUCACGCUCAGGAGUCCUUCCACACUCUCUGGAGCAUCGAUCGCCCCCUGGUGGUCAUAGUAAACACAUACAUGGUCGGCCUCUGUGGCAGUGGUGGUAUUAGACUUUUAUUGGGCCACGACUAAUCAAAGCCUUUCAAAUUUUGUCUUGACCCCACCAGAUAAUCAAAACAGAAUAUCAGACCAAAGCCCAGUUGUAGGCUUAUGCCACGACCCACUAUUGGGUUCUGACUCCUGCUCCAGAUGGACUACUGGGACAACGCUGCUCUAAGGUGCUUAAACAUAGUUCAUUACAUCCUUUCCCACCCUGAGGUCAAUGCACUCAAUAGAAGCACCCUGACAGUCAGACUCACCCCUUCUCCACCCUGCCAGUCAGACUCACCCUUUCUCCGCCCUGCCAGUCAGACUCAACCCUUCUCCGCCCUGCCAGUCAGACUCAACCCUUCUCCGCCCUGCCAGUCAGACUCACCCCUUCUCCGCCCUGCCAGUCAGACUCACCCCUUCUCCGCCCUGCCAGUCAGACUCACCCCUUCUCCGCUCUGCCAGUCAGACUCACCCCUUCUCCGCCCUGCCAGUCAGACUCACCCCUUCUCCGCCCAUGUCAGUGCGGACCCAGCCCGGGUGCAGGACUGCAAACAGGAUCUCAUCCUUCCUGAACUCCUCUGUAGUGCAGAGCGUCAGCAUGUUCAGACCAGCCUGAGAGGAGAGGAAAGGAGGAGCAGGAAGAGAGAAGGGAGGGAGGCUGUUAAAGAGGCGAGGAUACAGGACAAUAGAUUGGAUGUAGAGCCAAGACUACGGAAUGAAUGAAAAGGUCAAACUCAUCAGAAUGACAUGUAUUCCAUUCCAUCCAUUACAAAGAGCCCGUCCGCCAAUUUAAAUUGACACCAGCCUCCACUGACAUGGCUGGGCUAACCCGACAGGGAAUAUAAUGUGAUGUGAGAGGCUGUGUUAUGACAGGCAGGGUAACAGAGGUCUGUUCACUUUGCUGAUGCCAUAGGGAAGAAAGAACACAUCUCCUUGACUGUUGCCAUGGAGGCCACCAUGCUGGAAAUGCUGACCACAGCUGGCUUACUGCAGGACAAUCCUGGUUUCCCACUGGCUGUGGCUGCUGACUGCACAUAGGGCAGAAACUCCUUAUGAGGGAGACAGAGAAAACAAAAAUGAUGAAUCAUUCUUCAGUAUUCUGCACCUUUUGUUUGCCGGCAUUAGGAAAAACAAAUACGUUUUGAAUGUCCUCUAAAACGUCUUUGUAUAUGUGUUUUUCUGGCUCUCUGACCUUAACUUUAAGACUUCCAUAGGGCCCAUGAUGUUGGUGUUGAAUGCAGCCUGUAUUUCCUGGGUACUUGUGGUCUGCAUGGUGCUGUGAGUCAGCAUCCACUUGUUGUUUACUAGCACGUUGAGCCCAGCCUUCCCCACCAGACUACUGGCUGACUCCUUAAUGCUGCAGGGGUCUGUGGCGUCUGACAGACAUAGAGGAGAAAAAGUCUGUCAGUCAACCGCUAGACUAAACCCAGAUCUGUUUGUGCUGUCUCGCCACCCCUAACUGUAAUUGUCCUGAAAGCACAAACAGAUCUUGGGCGAGUCAACCCCAGUAUCCAGUCUAACAUCCCAGCUGGCCAGCUCAGAGUAACCUGGCACUCUGCCAUGUAUAGCCUGUACUGUAUGAAUCACAAGUGCAUUCUGUGACUGGUGAGAUUGACAACAGUGCCAUUAAUAGGCUCAAUAAUCCUAGUGCUAGAGCGUGAAGAAACAGAAGAAUGGAACAGAGCGAGUACUCACCAAGACGGACGACAGUGAUGACAUUGGGGUGCUUCUUUGCCAGGUCUCGCAGACCCUUAAACACAAAGGACACAUUGUUGGUUAGACACAGAAAAUACAUCUCCAGGAAGGCUUUAUUUUCUAUCUUUGCUCAGUAGAGUUUUCCUUAUUCAGUGGAGUUUGCCUUCAAGCAGAGCCAUGUAUUUAGAGAGUUGGGCCAUUGAGGUUUGUGCAUUAUGAUGCAUUUACAUGACACUAUUUCAACAUUCUAAGGCAGCCAUGUGAGCACCCUUUUAACAAAAUAUGGGGAAUAUUUAAUAAUCACUAUGCACUGCACACUGCCCUAUCCCAUCUGGACAAGAGGAAUACCUACCUAAGAAUGCUGUUCAUUGACUAUAGCUCAGCCUUCAAUACCAUAGUACCCUCCAAGCUCAUCAGUAAGCUUGGGGCCCUGGUCUGAAACCCACCCUGUGCAACUGGGUCCUGGACUUCCUGACGGGCCGCCCCCAGGUGGGGAAGUUAGGAAAUCUUCACUUCACUGAUCUUCAACACAGGGGCCCCACAAGGGUGCGUGGUCAGCUCCCUCCUGUACUCCCUGUUCACCCAUUAGUGCGUGGAAAAUCACGCCUCCAACUCAAUCAAGUUUGCAGACCACACAACAGUAGAAGAUCUGAUUACCAACAUGGAGGAGGUGAGGGCCCUGGCAGAGUGGUGUCAGGAAAAUAAUCUCUCCCUCAAUGUCAACAAAACGAAGGAGCUGAUCGUGG